AGAUCAAGCAGAGUACUAUUUGAAUAUUACUUCCGGUUACCUGCAGUUUCCAAAAAACUGAGAUGCUGACGCUUCUUUCCUGCAAAUACUUGUGAAAAUGACGAUGUUUGGAUUAUGGCGGAACAUAUCAGUCGAAACACCAUCAGAGACCGCUCGCUUGACUCACAGACAAGUACUGAGAGCGGUUCUAGCAGUACCAGCGAGGAGGAACGUCUGAAGAAACUUUUUGAAUCGUGCGAUGAUGACAAGGACGGCUAUUUGAAUAGGGAUAAUUUUGCGUUUAUGUGUAAACAGUUGUGUUUAGAAGAGUGGACUGGCGACAUUUUAGAACAACUAGGAGUUAACUGCUCCUCGAGAAUAUCAUUCCAGGAUUUUCUAAAGUUCCGUGCACAGGCAUUGGAUACGGACAACCAUCAGUUAUUGACAGAAGAUACCGACACUGGCAUAGAUCUGAACAUGAGUCGUCAACACACACAGGUCACCUCCUGGCCGACCAUGAGUAGCGACAGUCUAGGUGCUAUUUCUGGUAGGCCAGACAGUCUGGAUUAUGACAGUGGGGCGCGUGAUCUUCAGAGCCCGGAACCGUUGGUCAGCCUGCAGAAAAUGCUGGAGUCACAUGACCCUAAUUUGUAUCGAGCUAUUGUACAGAGCUGUAUAGAAUCAAAACAGUUCUUGGAUUUGGCUAACAGAUUACAUCAAGCUACCAUUACAUCAUUGAAAGGGGAGAUAAUCGAGUUAAGGAGCCGUCUUCAGCGAGACGACCUUGAGAAGGACAGUUUAGAAAAACAGCUUGCAAAAUUACAUGCUGACCGUAGAAAUAUUCAGGACGACUAUGAUGAGCGCCUUGAUGAAAUAACAUUCCGUUACGAGGAACGAAUUACAGAGUUACACAGCGUGAUAGCUGAAUUACGAAAGAAAAUUGAACGCCAUCAAAUCAAUGUGAUAAGAGAAGAAGAUGAAGAAGAUAUCGAUGCUGCAGUCAGUACUAAGAGUCAAGAUGGUGGCAGUAUCGAGAUUGGUUCUCAGACUCAAAUGCAAGGUGAAGAUCUCAAUUCAGAAUUAUCAAGGGUAGUUACAGAAUUAGAAAGUGCAAUACAUGAAAGGAAGAAACAGUCUGAAGACCAGAUAAAAGAUUCUCUCAUUGAUGACAAUGAGGAUGAUAGCGUGGAGGAAAAAGCAUUGGAGGUGUGUAAGAACAUGGAAGAUUUCAGUUUUGAGCCUGAGUCACCUUCGCCUCCAUCGCACGGUCUUAGACCAGCCACCUUUCAUCCGCCCCCACCCCCUCCACCAAAUGAGUUUCCAGACCCAGGGUACCUGCAGGAAGAGAUCAAUUCAUUGAGAACAGAAAACAGUACAUUACAGGAGCAGAUAAUCAAACAGGAACAAGAUAUGCAAAGAAUGAGGCUAGCGCUUGCCAAUCUUACAGAUGAAAAAAAUAGAUAUAAAAAACAGGCAUCAGAUCAUCAGACAAGGUUACAUAGUUACGAGGGAUCAGGGAGUCCUGUCAAUAGUAGAACCUCUACCCCUACAAAACAACCUCUUAGUACAAAUUUAGAAAGACCGGGAGUAAAUUUAACGCCUACAAAAGCUUCAGAUAAUUUUCCAGUGGCUAAAGUAGCGGAGUUAAAGAAGUUAAAAACAGUCAGUAAUUCAGAGAGACCUGUUCUGGGUAGUGAGAUAAGUAAUUUAGGGAUGCCAAACACCAAAGUUGCAGAACACUUAGUGCAAAGUUUAUGGAAAGGUUCUAAGAUUCAAGAAAUUGUUCAAAAUGCCACGGACAAAUCUGGAAUAAGUGACGUUGACUCUCGUGUAACGGAAUUCGAAAUCGAGCUCGAAAGACUUCAGAGCCAAGUGGAUAAUUACAAAUCACAGAUUGACGUGGCGAACUUGACGUUAGAGGAGUCUAAAGCAAAUUGUGAUAGAUUGACGGUGUUAAUAGGGAAAUACGAGUCGAACAAUACGGCGUUACAAAUUGUGUUAAAUUAUAGUCAGUUAUGUACUGAGACGUAUGAAAUUAUAUGUGCGUUGUUAGAAAGUGAAUUAGGUGCUGUUUUAGCUAAUUGUAGAGCUGCAGGAUUAGGUGGGAUGGGUGGUGAUAGUUUUACGGACGGACAAGAAGAGAUAGCCUCCAUUCUAAAACGCGCUCAUCAGUCCAGACGAGCCGCAGAAAAUGUCAGUAAACAUAUGCUACAAAAACUGGAUAAAACAUUCGGAGUAAUUUAUGGCAGGCAGUCACCUGCUAGGCCCUGGGAGGACCUGUCAAAUACAAGUAAAACCGCCAGCACAUCAAGCUCUACAGGUAGUGGUGAUACAGAAUUCACGAAAGCUGACGAGAGGAGGUUACGGGACUAUAUUCAGAGACUUAAAAGUGAACAAAGUACGGUACAUUUAACUGUGAUGGAGCUAGAAAGUGUUCACUGUGAACCGGAACUAGACCGGAAGUGUAAGAAUGAUGCUCAUAGACUGGAUUUAGAAAACGCUGUGAUUAUGCAGGAGUUAAUGGCUAUGAAGGAGGAGAAAGCUGAACUUAAAGCUCAAAAUUAUCUCCUUGAGAAGGAGAAACGCUCACUGGAGCUGAGAAUGAACAGUAUGGAGUCCCAGGAACAUGCCUACCUAGUACAGAUAGAGCAUCUCAAGUCAGAGGUCACAGAGGGGUCAAGGUCACAAGAUGACCAGGUUAGCGAGAAGUCUGGAAGCGAUAGGUCCACUCCUCCCACCUCAUUGGCCGAAUAUCAGUCACAUGACCUUCCGGAAAUGAUGAAAGAGUUAACCGACUCAUUACGGCGUGAGAAGAAACUAAAAAACCAGGUGUCAGAGCUUGUGGGUGCGUUGGAGAAAUUGUCCCGAAACUCUGAGAUACGGCACCAGCAGUCGGCUGAGUUUGUAAAUGAUUUAAAACGAGCAAACAGUACCCUCAUAUCAGCGUUUGACAAGGCAAAGAAGAAAUAUCAGACAAAGUUAAAGAAGUUUGAGGCACAAGUGCAGUCGUUGACUGAGCGAUAUGAAUCCCAUAUACGAAUAUUAAAUCAAAGAUUAGCAAGGCAAGAAGAAGAUUCCAAACAAAGAGUUACUAAUGAAACAUCGUUAUAGCAUUGUUACCAGUGUAAUAAGUUUCAUAUCAAACCCUGAUAAAAACAUAUUGACCAAUGGAAUGUGAAUCAUUGCACUGUCACUGAAGUGAUAAGUUUCAUAUCAACCCCUGAUGAAGCAUAGUGACCAUUGAAAUGUCAUUAUUGAAUAGUGACCAUAGCAACAAGCUUGAUAUUUCAGUUUUUUUUCCAUGACAAAAAGUUUG